UCGGCUACUCUCCGGCCUGGGGCGCUGGCAUUUCCCUGGGGCCCAUGGGGCAAGUGCCUCUCUUUUCCCCAUGAGGCCUCAGCCAAGAGGAGGUUCGGGAGGAAAGGAAAACACAGGUGGGGAGAGAGAAGGGCGGCCCGAGAGGUACCGCGCCAUUAGUGCUGAUGGGGAGAGGUGGCUCCAGCCCGGCACUGCUGUCCUUCCGAGGCGUGUUUCCUUUUUAUUCGGAGGAAGAGAAGCAGAGGAACACGUCAUGGAGGCGGACCGAGUGGAAGGAGCCAGGGAUGGCGACAAGCAGAAGGAAGUGUGUUUUGUCCCCAUCCAGGGAAGCUUUUGUUUCCUGAGACUUCCUUCCGCACGUCUGGUGGCUGCCCUGGACGUUCGUGGACUUUUGUUUUCACUCAGAUUUUGUGGUUCACGUGACACAAAGCAUGAGGACGUCACUGGGCGAGAGGGCCAGGUCACCCCACUGCCGAGGGGCACGCCCCAGCUGUGCACCGCUAGAGUGGGCUUGUCCAGUCCUCAAACACAGGGACAGGAUGUGCCCAUCUCAUGUAAGACGUCAAUAAUAGUAGAAAUUUCUGCAUUAUCCUCACCAUUUUCCCGUAGAAAUGCAGAGUAGAACUCUGCAUUAUCCUCACCAUUUUCCUGUAAGCA